GAAGGUAGCCAGCUCGCCGUAUCUGCAGAGUGCGGACGCUCGUAAUUCCCCAUUCAUCAACACAAGAGGAGCGACUGAGGAAACCAUCCUUAACACCGUGAUGAUGAGAUUUCACUGAAACACUAACAGUAUUAACGAACCUCAGAGCAGUGAACUGUUCACACUAAACGCCACUACUGGCAGUCGUACGGUCGCCCAGGCAGUGCAAUUUUUUAAUGUCUACCCAAGGAGCAAGCGAAAGCGAAUAUUUUGGCUACUUCUGGCUAGCUUUUAUCCUACCUUGUUCUUGCUCGCUAUCGCUGUCCAUACUUCCUUGGCAAUUGCCUAACAUGAGUUAGCCUCACCCUCUACUGCAGCAAGCUUAUAACGAUAACGUUAUAGCAUAGACAGAGCAAGAGGUCGGGGAAAGAUUUUUCGUUUGAUUCAACACGGGUUUCAGUUACGGUUCCUUUAAAACCUUUCCGUGUAUUUUACUUCGCAAGAUAGAAAUAUAAUGCGGAUAUAUUUCAGAUUACCGAGAAGGUCAUUCCUUGGGCUGUUAUUUCUAUUUUCUCUUUCCACCUCUGCAUUAUACUUCAUCUAUUCAGCACCGGGCAUCGUCAAUGAGUACCUGUUUAUGGUCCAAGCCCGGGGGAUCCAGAUCAGGGAGAACGUGCGGAGCAUUGGAGCCCAGGUUCUGGAGCAGGUGGUCCGGGGAGCCUACAGCAGCAACGGCACAGAUUACGCCUAUGAGUAUGACAUCAGUGAGCCUUAUGUCCAGACAGCUAUCUACCUCCCAGAGGGAUUCACUUACAUGCCCAGCCAGAGGUGCCCUGAAAGGCUGCCCUCAAUGAAGGGCCCGGUGGAUGUGAACAUGAGUGAGAUUGCCCUGGAGGAGGUUGAAAGGAGUCUUUUGGAGGGUGACCACAGUCUGGCCUCUGGGGGACACUGGAAGCCUCAUGACUGUGUUGCCCGCUGGAAAGUGGCCAUCUUGGUCCCUUUCCGGAACCGACACGAGCACCUCCCCAUCCUCCUCCGGCACCUGAUCCCCGCUCUGCAGAGGCAGCGCAUCCAGUUCGGCUUUUACGUCAUCGAGCAGGCAGGGAACGAGCCCUUCAACCGGGCAAUGCUGUUCAAUGUGGGCUUCAAGGAGGCUAUGAGAGACCUGGACUGGGACUGCAUGGUCUUCCAUGAUGUGGACCACAUCCUGGAGACUGACCGUAAUUACUACGGUUGCAGCAACAUGCCCCGCCACUUUGCUGUGAAGCUCAACAAGUACUACUACAUGCUUCCUUAUGAGGAGUUUUUUGGUGGGGUCAGUGGUCUCACUGUGGAGCAGUUCCGAAAAAUUAACGGCUUCCCAAAUGCUUUCUGGGGCUGGGGAGGGGAGGACGAUGACCUGUGGAAUAGGGUGAAGUUUGCAGGGUACUCGGUGAGCCGGCCGCCGGGAAACAUGGGCCGCUACAUGUCCAUUCCGCACCACCACCGCGGAGAGGCACAGUUCCUGGGCAGGUACACUCUGCUCCGGCAGUCCAAGGAGAGGCAGGGCCUGGACGGACUGAACAACCUGAGGUACACCCCUGUGGUCUCACGCCGCCGCCUGUACACCAACAUCACGGUCAGCCUGAGCAGAGACAUGGCCCCGGUGACAGGCUACAACGAAGACCGCUCCAUCUCAUAACCGACCGACGGCCAGGCCUCCCACAACAGCCAUAUUUCACAGGUCUUCAUCACUGCUUUUCCCAAAAAAAGGCUGUGCAAGGAGACGCACCGCCUGACCCCCCUGGCUCCUUCGGUACACUCCCAACCGUCCCUCCUGCUGCAGCCCCGCCGAGACUUCAUUGUGAUUGAUGCCUUACACCUGUUAUAUAAUCAUCGUCUAUGCCCGCUGGUGCGGCUUGAGAGCCGGCCGACUCCACCGCCUCUUUAACCACAAGUGCGCCUCGGACUCCUGACUGAGCUAAGAGACGAGCUGCCUACUGUUCACAGCAGACCACAGUGCCACCAUCAGCUCAUGCAUCCGUCUGGCAGGAGAGCUGCUCAGAAGGCCUCCGCUGCUAGCGAAGAGCUUCCACAUGUGCUGUCCUAGUGUGAGCUUACCAGGUCCUGUUCAUUUCAAACAAACGUGCACACGCGUGCCUGUAUACGCACACACACACACACACACACACACACACACACACAAACACACGCUAGAACACACACCUACACACACAGUUUCUGGCGUUCAGUUUGUCUGCGCUCAUAGCUUGGGGAUCGGUGGCCAGUCUCGUGUGCGCCCCCCCCCUGCUGCACUGAACCUCUACACUAACAAACAAGCAACGCCGAGCAGCUGGAAGUAUGAGUCCACACAGCUGGUUCUGUGUUGCACUUCCUAAAGUAGAACUUGUUUUUUUUGGGGGGUUUUUGUUUCGUGUGUUUUAUUUUGUUUUUAUAUUGUGAAACUCUCCUGCACUGAAAGAGGGGCAGUAGACACGGGGACCACUGGAAAGGGAAGGUGGGUGAAACGGGCUGUGUGCACAGGACCACCUCCUGGCGUAAACGCGUUCAUCCUCACGACGAUGUCGCCUUCCUGAUGACGCGGGUCGACCACGUGCUCGCACACGCAUGCCCCGCCCGGACCCUUCAUCAGUGGAACUGCUCCUGUCGUAUUUUCAAAACCAUGUUUUACUCAUUAGGAGGAAUACUGUUGUGUUUGCCAUUUCUUAUUGCACUGAAUUGGGGAAGCUAGUAUUUCCUUACGCAUAUGCACAUAUAUGCAUACACACGAACACACACAUAUAGAGGCAUCUCUGCAGCACCAACAACACACGUGUGCACAUAUAAACAUGUACAGAUGCGUGAGUUUGCAUUGACACACACACACACACACACACACACAAGCACACAAGCACAGAAGAUAUGUGUCAUUCCCAUUCCCAUAAAGAUUUGUACUGCACACACCCACAUUGAUUUCCUGUGGGCUAGUGUGGAAAACACUCUCGGACUUCUAAGGCAUCUCUAGCACUGGGUUUGGAUUUUAUUUUUUUAUUUUUUUCCAGAAGGGGAAAUGAAUGCAGCCAAAAAAAAAAAAAAAAAAAAAAACUCCUUUGUAUACGCAAGGGAACAUCCUGCAUCAGGUGCUUUGGCCGUUUCAUCUCUUUCCUGCUGCCACUUCCUGUUCUCUCUAAACGGUCCGGAGGCACAUCCAGUCGCUGCGCUGUCCAGGCUGCAUGCAAACCCUGCUUCAGCCAACCCCUGUGCGCUUGAGUAAUGACAGCACGUCAGCUCUGAGAGCUGACAGCACGCACAGCGCUGUGCACACCUGUAGGAACAGUGUGUCUAGUGUGGGCACUGCCGUCUGACUUCAGCAAUGUUUAGUUGGUGAUUUUUAGGAUCGCCCGAGAUUGAUCUCCAGCUUUUUAUUUACUCGCCGUAAAUGACAUUGGACUGGAUUGGAGUGUAUUAGAUGACCUCGUAUUGGGGGUGUAUCUCUGAGACUGAUAGGGAAGAAGGUAUUUCUGACUAAACUCUGAGACCUUACGCCAAACACGUAACUCUUCGCCACACUACAAACACCAAGAAAUAAAUCAAUCAUCAAGUGUUGUAGCCUUAUAUUUCGCUAAAUAUGACAAAAAUAUUGCCAAUGAGGCAAGACAGUUUGAUUUCAUUUUAAGAUUUGCCAAUGGGGUGCGAAAAUGUAGAAAGUUCAAUUUAAAGCAAACAGUAACUUAAAACAACCUAAUAAUUUGUACUUGUGAGAAAAAAAAAGAUCUUAAAUCUUAUUAAAAGACUAAAACGCCUGUUAGGACGGUAAUUUCUUGGAAGGCAUGCUUCUUCCUCUCAGAGUUGCGUUUGAAAGCCAGCCUUACCAGCGAGCGUGUUUACAGCGUGACCGUCCUUCAGGACUCACUGGGCCCGGUGGGGGUGUUGGCGUGCCCAAGCUGGCCAUCCUGUGAUACACUACUGAGAGCAGCCGGAGCAAUUGGAGAGCUGCCACAGCCCUUCCUGUGCUGUUCGAGGCUCUGCGUCAGAGUGAAGGCUACGCGUGUCAUAUUAGACCUCCGCAUUCUGCCUGUUUCUAAUGCUGUUUUCUUUCAGUCUUUUGCUUGUGUGUGUGUGUGUGUGUGUGUGCCUUUCACACAGUGGUCUUAAGGCAUCCAUUCUAUAACUGAAGGGCAAUGGGAGAUUCAAGGAAUUGUCGAUUUCAUAAUAUUUAUAAGCAAUUUUAAAAUAGUUGUUCGAAAAAGAAAGGCCAAGGCAGAAGCCAAUGAACACUGAUGUUACAGUACCAUAUAACAUCAGUGUUUAUUGAUGUCCACUCUUUCGGAGAUGUAUGUAUAUAUGUACCCUCCUCAUUUGAAUACACCCAAAGUAGUUCCAGCUUCCCUGCCGGUCUUCAGGUUUGCGCUGGCACUUCUGUUUUAAUGUCCAUGAACGGGAUGGAUUGAUGGAGCAGUUUGGGAUGGAAGGGGUGGGGGAGGAUUAGCUCCUGACCUGUCCAGUGCCUCUGAGUGCUACUGUGCACACCACUCCUAAUGUUCCCACUUAGACAGGAUGCUUUCCUGUGCGGGUACUAAUGGCGGUGGUGAGGUGGAGGCAUGUGAAAGGUUCCUCAUUCCAGUGACUCUCAUCCCCUUCAUCCCAAGUUCCACCCCUUCCAAGAAACACGCCUCUCUCAUGCCUCAGCUUAAAUUAAAGAAGCAGUAUCGUAUAUUAACAGACUUGAUAAACCAUUACUUGGGUUUACAUUUGAAGUCUUGGUAUAAUUUAGAGGCAGGCCUCUACAUAUUUAAUUCAUUAUAAUUGUUUUUUAGUGCUUUGUGUGUUGCUGUUGUUGCAGUGAUGGUAACUGUAGAGAGCUAGACCUUUAAAGAGAGCAGCUAGAAUAUGAUGGUUGCGCGCAACCACAGUGAACUUUAAAUCCCGAUAGGAGGUAUAGCCAGGUAUAGGGACACCUCUGUACCACCCAAACUCCGCGCCGUUUCCAAUGAGAACCCAGGGAGGGGAAAACCCGGUUGUGUCCCAGACUCUCGCUUGGCAACCCCCCCCAUCUUAUAAUGGCUUAUGAAAUGGUGCUGUCUGCAAAACCCCAUUGCACAAAGUUGCUCUGUCAUUUGAAGUUAUGGUAUGGCAGGCAUUUGGUAUGUUCAUACAUACUUGCAUAUCAUGUUCUUAAUCAUUACCCAGGCUGACAUGGCCUAGCCAAUCACGUGGGGGGUUGCUGAGCAAGAGGCGAGGCCAUGGCUGCUUUCCGCCCUCUCCCUCUGUGUUUGAGCGAAACGGUCUGCCCUGGCACUCGCAAGGGUCACAGUCAGGUGUAGCUCGGUGGAGCCACUCAAGCCCUGGAUCUGUGUUUCAUGCAGGAUGGUUGGGGAAAGAGUUGGGGUUACUGAUCCCAGAUCAGUGUUCAAGCCUGCAGUUUGCUUUGAACAUUGUGCUGUGAAACCCCUCCCAUGCACUGUCAGUCACAGUUCUACAAGAGCCAUGAUAGAAUCUAUUCAGCACCAGCCAAAAUGAAGAGGGACCCCCCUCUGAGAGGCUGGCAGCCUUAAAUUCUUUAUUUAUUCCAUCGUUUUCACAUGUUUUUGUUUUCAUUUUUUUAUAUAUAAAAAAAAUAUUUAAAUGAAAUGAAUUGUGAAUCUUUACGUGUGUCCACUUGUACAUAUUGUUGUGUUCCCAAAUAAUCCCCACCGCUGCAGAGUAGUAUUACACAAGAAUUUGGAGUAGUUUCUGCUGAUCAGUUUUGUUGAAUUCACAUUGCCUCACAUUCUUUAAGUGAAACAGGGCCAAACAUUUAACUGUCCUCUCUGCUGUACUUCAUUUCAGGUUCAGUCACAAUUUUGCCCCCUUUAUAAUGUGCAGGCUUUUUAAGUAUUUUUGUCCUGCUCUGAACAUUCCUGACAUUUUAUAUGCCUGACAAUAGCUUUAGAGGAAGUAAAAUACUUCUAGUAAAAUGUAUGAAGGGUUAUUUUUCUGCCCUACCCAUCCGGCUGGGUUAGCCUGAGGCCAGAGAUGUGCUGCAGAAACAGGAAGGAGAUUACCUCAGUGGCUGAUGGGGCCACAGUUUGCAUGUGGUUACUCGUUUCUAUCCAAUAUCGUUUUUUUCUCUUGCAAAUAUCUUUUAUUAGAAAAGUUGAAGGAAUCUGAUCCAAGGGAUGAUAAUGAUUCUUUAUUUCAGGCAACAAAACUUGAGCAUCGUAAGAACUCCAAAUUCUAUUAUACAGUGUUUUGUUAAAGAAAGAAUAAGAAAUUCAAAUAAAAUAAAUAAAAAUGUAUUUCCUUUGUGAUUGUAAGGGUCUCAAACUUGCGUAAUUUAAUUUAAGCCAUUUGCCACAUAUAAACUUGAUGUCAGUUGCGUGUGUUUGUGAGCGUGUAUGUGUGUGUUUGUGUGAGUAUGUCUGCGAGUGCAUAUAAAUGUAUAUCUGCAUAUCCUUGAUUAUUGAGAUUACUUUGAAGUGAAGUGCAUUUUUUACCAUUGUUAUUCAAAUCCUGCUAUAAAUUCAAUGAACUUUCAAGGAGAUGAGUUGUGGUGAUUAAUAAGUAUCUUUCCUUGACUGAACCAAUAAAAAAUAUUUAUGUUUUGUCUGAA